AUCGUACUCGUAUUGCGAUCAUGCAUUACAAAAUCCGCAUUACAAUUUUUAUUUUUAUUCGCGCUGAGGGAAUUUGUCAUGCAUUGAUUUAUACGAGUGCGAUAGUUUUGCAGUUCAUACGUUCAUCACACUGGCGAUUUUGUUGUGUAUCGUGCUGGCCGCUUUAGGGGCGGACCAGGGGAAAAUGAACGUACCCGACGAAGUCAGGGAUGAUAGAGAUAAUUGACAGAAUACGGAAGAGGAAUUCGCACUUGCUGUUCAUACAGCACUUCUUACACGAACUCCAACCCGAAGUUGCUGUAACUUCGCUAGCGCCGAGUAAGACAGACACGCAAGUAGAAUUAAUGAUCAGGCAAAGUAGAU